UGUUUUGUGUGAUUUCUGCGAUUUCUGAUUCUAAAAUAUUUUGAGUGGUUGACACUAAAGUUGUUACUUACUUCAACUCCGUAAUUUGUGUAAUUUACUUUUGAAAAUGAAUCAAGCAGAUGUGAGCAGGCUAGUUUCCAAACUUAAAAUCAAUGUCUUACCAAAACACCGGCGCCUCACAAACCCUGAUGGGCCUAAAGGCAGAAUGUUUCGGAUGCAAAAGACAGUAACAGCUCUUUUUAAGCACGAAAGGCUGGAAGUGACAAGAAACACGGCCGACGAAGCUCGUGGCUACGCGGAGAGGCUGAUAUCAGAAGCUAUCAGAUACGGAGACAAGCACAAUGCAACGAUGGAGCUUGCUGAUUUCUGGCUCCUCGAGAAGCAGCUGGUCCACAAAUUGUUCAAAGUGCUCGUGCCUAGAUUUGAGAACUACAAUAUUUCAUACACGAGAUGCUUGCCACUCACGCCGACCUAUCCCUGCACAAAAACUGACCAAUUCCCAAAAUCUCUCCUGGAGCUCAAAGGAAAUCCAUAUCCGCCAAUUAUGCCGAAAGAUCCUCACAAUGGCAGUUUACUCCACAACAUUCUACUGGAAGAAGCCAGAAAGGAAAUGAGACAAACGCAAUACUUAGAGACAGCGAAGAGUAUUGGAAAGGAGGACAAGUCUGCGUGGGUUGUGAAUGAAAAAGCAGAAGACAGUGGAAGUAGUAGUGAAGACGAACGCAAGAAAGAUUAAAUUAAAAAUUGUUUUACCUUCAGUAGUGAUAAUUACAGUUCAACCUGAUGCUA